AUGCCGAGCUUGCUGCGAAAGCUAGUCAUCAUCGCCGCUGUCGAUGGCCUGAUACUCCAGUCUUCCGGCAAUGGAUUAAGACAUGCUGGGAAUAAUGAGCCCAGCUCUCUCCGCAUUGACUAUAAGACCAACAAGGUCUCCUCGCUCCCCGCGCCGGCCUCGGACCUGGACGAGGACAGAGACUCCGGCUUAGAGACUUAUGGCCUCGUCGGGCUGCUAUCCGUUGCGUCAUAUUCUUUCCUCAUCUCUAUCACUCAGCGGCAACAAGUGGCUCAGAUUCAGGGAAAACCCAUUUAUGCCGUGACUAAUGUCGCGGUAAUCCCGACCUCUUCGCAAGCAGAUGCGAUUCGCGCGAUCUCUCAGGCAAAGGAGAGCCUAUCUCAAGGAGAAGGUGGACCGGGCGAGACUGCCUCCGAUGACAGUAGCACGAUUUCGGACACCGAGACUGAAGGCGGCGACACUGAAGUUGGCACCGUUCCAGCUUCCCCUGAGCAGGAAGUCACUCAUUCCAGAGCUCGCAGUGUUGGCAGUAUCGCUGAAGAUGUGAUUGGAAAGAGAGUGCGAUUCGGACGUUUUGCUGCAAACUGGCUCUCAAGGAAAACUCUUGGAUUGCCCGGGCUUGGUACUGUAGGUCAUAGUUCUGCAGAGCCGCUCGUGGAAGAUGACAAGGGGGAGUCCAAGCCCGUAUCUGCUGAGGUGAAUGAUGAACGUGCAAGCCCUGUCUCGCAGAGUCAUGAUGCAACGCCUAAAACACUUGGAGAGCCGUUUCCCUCCGAUCCAACCGUGGAGUUGCUUCCGAAAUUGCUACGUUAUACCAAGAUGAUCUUUUCUUCCCAGAAUUUCUUUUUUGCAUAUGAUUACGACCUUACUAGGCAGUUCGGGACGCAGGAAGAGUCACCGCUCAAGAAUCAUCUGCCGUCGCACAAGAUCGUUGAUGAAUUGUACUUCUGGAACCGGCAUCUGAUGGCUCCCUUUAUCGCAGCUGAUGCUCACAACUAUAUUCUUCCGUUGAUGCAAGGUUUUGUUGGCCAGCGAGAGUUUACCGUUGAGGCUGCAGAGUCUACGGUAGAGAAUCAACCCUCAGACUCGGAGAAGUCCAACGAGGAACUCAAGGAAGGACGCAUCCUGGGUGACAAGCAAGAGGCAGAAGCUGUUCAAACCAGCGAGAAGAAGCGUGAUUAUCUACUCACCCUGAUCUCGCGACGAUCUGUCAAGCGUCCAGGUCUACGAUACCUGCGCCGUGGUGUUGAUGACUUUGGGAAUACCGCCAAUUUCGUGGAGACCGAGCAGAUUCUCUCCGUUCCGGAUUGGGAUCCGUCCCAUAAUGCCUACUCGUACCUUCAAGUACGCGGAUCAAUUCCGCUGUACUUCUCGCAGUCACCAUACGCCUUCAAGCCAGUCCCGGUUCUGCACCACUCCACUGAAACCAAUCAACUUGCCUUUGAUAGACACUUUCGAAAUCUCAGUCGAAGAUACGGGAAGAUCCAGGGCGUCUCUCUCAUCGACAAACAAGCCGGAGAGUUAAAGCUUGGAGAGCAAUAUGAGAAGUUUGCAAAGGCUUUGAAUGAGUCAGGUGGCAUAGAUGGUGUACCGCUUGCACUGGAGUGGUUUGACUUCCACCACGAGUGUCGGGGUAUGAAAUUCGAAAAUGUAAGCCGCCUAGUGAAGCAUCUGGAGGAGACGUUGAGCGAAUUUGGUGAUACCGUUAUUUGCAACGAUACUGUUCUCCAGUCGCAAAAAGGUAUUGUGCGCACGAAUUGCAUGGACUGUCUGGACCGCACUGGGGUCGCGCAAUGCGCAUUUGGCCAAUGGGCCCUAGAGCGUGAACUGAAGCGCGAGGGCAUCAACAUCGAUCUUGGGCGUGACUCUUCUACUCGAUGGUUCAAUACUCUAUGGGCAGAUAACGGGGAUGCUAUUUCUAAGCAAUACUCCUCGACAGCUGCCCUGAAGGGCGACUACACAAGGACGCGGAAACGGAAUUACCGGGGAGCGCUUAAUGACUUCGGUCUAACACUCUCCCGUUAUUACAACAACAUUGUCAACGAUUACUUCUCGCAGGCGUGCAUAGACUACCUGCUGGGCAAUGUCUCUACCCAGGCCUUCCAGGAAUUCGCGGUAGAGAUGCAGACUACGGACCCAGGAAUCUCGGUCCAGAAGCUCCGGCAGAACGCGAUCGAUACCAGUUGCAAGAUUGUUAUUAGCGACCAGUCAGAAGAGUUCCUGGGUGGCUGGACUAUGCUAACCCCACGGCAGCCGAAUACUCUAAGGACCAUGCCAUUCGAGGAGGCGGUGCUUCUACUCACCGAUGCAGCUAUCUACAGUUGUCGCUUUGAUUGGAACGUCGAUAAGGUGCUAUCGUAUGAACGCAUUGACCUACAUUCCGUGACACGGAUCAACUAUGGCACCUAUAUUACGUCGAUUCUGACCGAGGCCCAGACCGACGAGCAGAACAACGUUGGGUUGGUGAUUGAGUAUCUUGCUGGCGAUGAGAAUGCGCUGCGGGUCAACACCCGGUCGCUCCAGAGCCAGGUUACCUCGCAAUCCCUCGACAGCAAUGCGCGCCCCAGCACCGAGUGGAACAUGUAUGCGUGGUUCAAGGGAACCCCCCGAUCGACCACCCGACUCUUAGCGUUCAAAGCACUCCCGCAGAACUCGACGGGGGCGACAGUGAGACAACCGGAUUGGGUGCGCAGUAUCUGCGAGGAGAUCGAGCGGGCCAUGAGAGCAGGCGAGAAACGACAUGAUGAUGACGGAGCGCAGAGUUCCAUUAUCGAAUCGUCCGAGAUCAUUUCAGUCGAGGAGGCGAAGAAGCGGACUGGAUAUCUAGAGCAUUUGGUCUACGACAUCAAGAAACUGGUGUUAGAUCCUGAUCCACCCUAUGCACGCGAUCAGGGCUUAGGCGGACUAUUUUCUAAGAUAGCUCUAAAGGAAGCCCGUGGGAGAAGCGCACGAUGGAUCGGAAUCUCUGACAGGUCAUUCUGGCAUCGUGAUGGCCUAGUAAUCCCCGCCGCCGACCGGGUCCCAUGA